GUCAGACAGUAAUGGGGUGCAGCCGUAGCCGGCAGGAUCCCGUUGAGUGAUGGCCACCGCCCAUCUGUCCCUUCAUAAGGCCAGUCGCUUCGACCUCCCAGGAACAUCCCACCGCCCUGGGUGAACGACCAUGUAUCAACGUCUUCUGUCCUUUUCCUUCCUCGCUAGUACUGUCCUUUCCUCUGCUUUUGCUAUUCACAUUCCCCUUCGAAGAGGCUUUGUCAGCAGUCGCGAUGAUAGCCCACACAAAGUCACUGUCACCAAGUCAUCGACGUCGAACGACCUCUCUGGCUUCGUCAACUAUGGGGAUUUUCGCUACAUUGGCAACAUCACUAUCGCUGGGCAGUCGUAUGAGGUAAUCUUGGAUACUGGCAGUCCUGACCUGUGGGUCGUGACGGAUUCAGCAUUGCCCGGCGCCGUGAACACCUCUGUCUCUGUGAAACUGAAUUACGGUACCGAUGCCGCCGACGGGUCUUCGAUCCACGGCGACAUCUUCACAGCCGAAGUCGAGUUCGCUGGCUUCACCAUCGCGCAGCAAGCGUACAUCGAUGUCCAGAACUCAACAGUCUCGGAUGGUCUCGUGGCUCCUGGGAUCAGCGGGCUCAUUGGCCUUAGCCCAUUGACGGAAACCAGCCCGGUCGCGAGUCAACUCAAGGAGGCUAACUACAACGCAAGCGGCUACAACACACUGCAGAACAUCUUCUUCAACGACCCCAGCAUCCAGCCACAGUUCACUAUCCUGAUGUCUCGCAACGACGGCCUGAAUGAAACAUCCGGCGGCGCCUUCACCAUUGGUGACCCCGUCCCGGAACUGGCGUCCAUCCAGGAUACGCCCAUCCUGCCGGUGGGCAGUGACAGCCCGCUGAUAGCUCAACAUUGGACUGUACACAUGGAUGCCAUCAUCAUCAACGGGCAGUGGUACAACACCAGCUCGAGCGGCGCAGCUAACCUCUCUGCAAUCCUCGACACUGGUACCCCGACCGCAUUGGUCGACCCCAGGUUCGUGGACAUCAUGUACGGCGCGAACGCGGAACAAAUCGAUACGGACUACUCGGUCGUGGACUGCAAUGCGCAGGUCAACAUUUCCCUUGUCUUUGGUGAGAACGAAUUCCCGAUCAACCCGAUCGACGCGAUACAGCCAGUUGCCCUCGCCAAAAACGGUUCGCUGAUCUGCAAGGGAGCAAUUGGUCGCCUCGCAGGUAGCUUCCCCGAUGGGUCAUUGCUCCUCGGCGACACGUUCCUCCGAAACGCAUACACCCUGUACAACCUCAACAUCGGCAACAGCUCUCAAGCUGAGAUCGGGCCAUACGUGCAGAUGCUCAGCACCACCGACGCCGAAGCCGCAGCCCAGGAGUUCGCGCAGGCGAACCAGGAGAGGCUAUCCGCCUUCGCCGCCGCCCUAUCCGAGAACUCGACGUCGUCCAGCUCGGGCUCAGAUGACGACGACGAUCUCUCAGUCGCGGGGGGAGUCUCGUCUCCAUCAGCCUCCUCGUCGUCUUCAGACGACUACUCCGCUUUGAUGCGCAACUCCUACAUUAUCAUCGGGCUUAUGGCUGGGGCGUUGUUCCUCCUGAUCGUCAUCGCCGCGAUGCUGGUCCGUAGAGCACGAGCGAGCCCACAGAGGACGUACAGGCCGGUCGGCGCUGAGAAGUCCGAUCAACUGCCCUUGCAGUACGAGACGUUUGCCGCUACUUACAAAGACUGAAAUGGACAGACAGACAAGCUGUAUUUAUUCGAUGCAUGGUACUCACCCGGGCGCAUUUAGUGUUCACCUUCAAUUUAUUCUACGUUUCUUUUCAAGCCUUCG